AAGAAUUGAGCGCAUCUAAAUAUACUUGAUUUUUUCUUCCAAUUAUUAUCCAAUUGCUGUAUGUGUGUGUAUUAAUGUGGAACGUGAGACGGAUGACUAGUGAAACAGCAUGCCCUCUCCCAGCUACCAUGAUGAGCCCGGAAACACUCCACCUCCUCGAGAAAUGUCUACACCUGAGCUAGAAAAGUGUCGUUUCUUCCACCCUAGCUACAAUGCAAGCUAUGAGCGGAUCCGGCAGCCCGUGAAUGUCCGCCGUAACACCCAAACAUCAUGGCUGUCCCUGGCUCGUUAUGCUGUGGGCACAGCCAUGCUCGCUUCAGUAUACUUCUACUUUUGGACAGGACUGUGGAGUGGCCUAGCUGACGAUGCUUCCCCGCACCAUACGGCACCCCCUCUCUGCGAGACACCCGAGUGUGUGCACGCUGCUUCUAAUAUUCUCGCCAACCUGGAUCCCAACCAUGCGGAGAUUGACCCGUGUACCGAUUUCGAUCAAUACGUGUGCGGGGGCUGGAGAGAAGGGCAUGACAUGCGUCCUGACCAAGGAUCUAUAUUUGCGGGGACUCUCAUGGCGGAAACAGCCCAGACGAAGCUUCGUCAUGUUUUGGAGACCUCGGGGGCGUCGGAUCCGUCCGAUGCAAACAAUUAUGAGAAACUGAAGGCGGCUUACGGCGCUUGCAUGGAUGAGACUGCGAUCCGCGAGCGCGGCAGCAAGCCUCUUGAAGAUAUACUGGCUAAGUUUGACGAUAUAUACGGCAAAAGCUCCGAAGAAGGAUCGAGCGCCAACCUCACCAAUGCGAUACAAUUCUUUCUGAAUUUCGGAGGCUCUGCAUUAUUGUCAUUAUAUCCUGCUCCUGAUGAUCGGAAUCCCGACUCCCUUGCCCUGUUCGUGAAUCCAGUUGCAGAGAUUGGACUGCCAGCAAGGGAGUAUUAUAACAACAGCGAGCUUGUGGCUGAAUACAGCACAGUAACAAAAAAGGUCCUUGGCAGCUUCUCUGGGAAAAAAGCGACACGGCGUAUCGAAGACCUCAUGGAAUUUGAGAAGAAACUUGCAGACGUGAGUCCGGAUACGGAGACCCAACAGGACGUGACGAAAUAUUACAACCCACACACUGUGAAAGAAACGGAAUCACUCCUCCCGCAAGUUGACCUGUCCAGCAUCAUCUCUUCUCUGGCGCCGAGGGGUUUUGCAACCGAUCGCUUGAUCCUGGGAUCGCCCACGUACAUGAAGUCGCUAUCUUCCAUUUUGAAUGACACCCCCAGGGAGAUCGUCCAGCUGUAUUUCCGAUGGAAAAUCAUCCAGGUGUUUGAGGACAGCAUCGAGGAUAGCCGGAUUGCACCCCUUCGCGAAUUCAACAACGUCCUUGAAGGGAAGGAUCCUAAAUCUACCAAAGACCGGUGGCGAAGGUGCAUCACUUCGCUGGAUUUCAGUCUCGAGUGGAUCUUAAGCCGUUUCUACGUCCUAAACUCCUUUUCCGAGGAGUCGAAGAAGCUCGGAGAUCAGAUCAUAUCGGACAUCAAAGAUCGCUUCGUAUACACAUUAGACCAGACGAACUGGAUGUCUCCCGAAGUGCGAAAGCUAGGGAUAGAGAAGGUCGGAAAUAUUGUGCAGAAGAUCGGAUAUCCCGCCAAAAGCCCUAAUAUUAUGGACCCCGGGGCGGUGGAAAAAUACUACGAGAGCUUGAAAGUCUCAAAGGACGCCUUCUUCGAUAAUGAAUUGGCCGCCGCGCAAUUUGGCAUCAGACGACUAUGGUCAAAACUGGGAAAGCCAGUCGAUAAGGACGAGUGGGACAUGUCUGCACCCACCGUGAACGCAUACUACAACCCCCCUGGGAACGAAAUCGUGUUCCCCGCUGGGAUCAUGCAACCUCCAACAUUUUACGGACCGACUGCUCCUCUCUACUUGGCCUAUGGUGCCUUUGGGGCCGUCAGUGGGCAUGAACUAUCGCACGCGUUCGAUUCCACAGGCCGACAUUAUGACCAGACAGGGAACUACACCAACUGGUGGGACGAGAAGACGGUCCAAGCCUUUGAGGAGCGUGCGCAGUGCUUUGUGGACCAGUAUUCGGAGUUCACCGUGCCGGGCGAGAAGUCGGAGCCUCUCCAUGUCAACGGGCGUCUCACUCUAGGCGAAAACAUCGCCGACGCCGGUGGUCUGGCAGCUGCCUACCACGCGUGGAAGAAGCGUGACGAAGUGAAGGCCGACGCCCAUCUGCCGGGGCUCUCGGAGUUUACCAAAGAGCAGCUGUUUUUCAUCUCAUACUCCAAUUGGUGGUGCAGCAAGACGACUCUGCAGGCGGCCCGGGAGGCUAUUUACAAUGACCCGCACGCGCCUAAACCCGUCAGAAACAUCGCGACUAUGGCAAACUCUCGGGAAUUCAGAGAAGCCUUCAAGUGUCCGGAAAAGAAGCCUACUUGCAAGCUCUGGUAGCUGAACAGGAGCAUUCCUAUUUCCAGUAUAGGCUAAAUAUUAUGGAGUAUUACGAAAAUCGCAAUAACGGUUAUUCCCAC